GGUGCUUACGGAGGCCCACGAGGCUCUGGUACCUCCUGGAGCUGCUUGGAACUUAGGCGGCGGAGCUUGUUAUAAGUCAAGAGUUGAGAAUCUGAUGGCAUGGCUUUAAUUACUUUGCGGAGAAACCUUUGUCAUUUACCUGAUUUUCGGAUACAUGGAGCUCUGGCGGCUCUGAAAAAUCAGCCUGUAAAUCAUGUUCACAAGGCCGUGAAGGAGCGUCUGUGCCCAUGGUUCUGCUCACUACAACCUGGGCCUUUCAUGCCCAGGUUCCAUCAUGCCUGUUGUAAAAAAUUCCAUUCAGAAAAUGGAAAUGACCUUCAUCCAGUUGGUGAGCCAGUGUUCUCUCAAGUACAUGAUUGGGACAGUAUUGAACAAAAUCUCCAAAAGAUGGACGAACAGGUAUUUUACAGGAGACUGAACAACUUCACUACAUCAGAAGAAGUGCUAAGUUUUAUAAGCACACUGCCAACCUUACCUGAUUCUAUGGCAGCAGGAGCCUUACAACGGAUUUGUGAAGUUGUUAAAAAAGAUGGUGAUCAAAGGCUGCCAAAGGAAAUACUAGAGAAUUCUGUCUUUCAAGCUUUAUGUGUUCAGUUUGAACAGGAACCCUCAAAUCUGUCCAACGCUGGUUUGGUGACUGCUUUGCAAGCCCUGACUCUGUUGUCUGUGGAUCCCCAAAGUAGCUUGUUACUGAACCUGGUAGCAGAAUGCCAACAUCGUCUCAAAACAGGUGCCCUGGAAGCCCACAGUCUUUGUGUUCUUGCAGAAAGCCUGCUUACACUGCAAGGUCCAGGUUGUGAGACACUAGACCUUAUUAUACAUCAACUGCAAGGUGAAAAGUUGGAAGAAUUAAUCCCUGGGGAUAUCGUGGCACUUUAUAGAAUACUGCAGACAUGUACUGAAAAAGUAGACCAACACCAGACAUUUCUAAAUAAGAUAAACAACUUUUCUCUGUCAAUAGUUUCCUACCUGAGUCCUAAAUUGAUAAGCCAAAUGUUCACUGCACUAGUGGUUCUCGAUCAAACUCAAGCACUUCCUUUGGUUAUAAAACUGGGUAAAUAUGCUGUGAGGCAUAUCCCUCAUUUCACAAAUGAAGAACUUGGGAAAGUCUUAGACGCUUUCAUAUACUUUGGGCACCAUGACAAAUUUUUUAUAAAAGCCCUGGAGCAGCAUGUAGUGUCACACUGUCUCACUCUGGAUCCUGAGGUUGUCAGCAAAGUCAUGGUGUACUGCUGUGGAAAACAGAUCCUUUCAAAACCCAUCCUAAAUGCAGUGGCAGAAGCCUUUGUUUGCCAUUCAGAAAAAUUUUCACCUACACAGAUUUCUGAGUUGAUUGAACCAUUUGGAAAACUCAAUUAUUUGCCACCAAAUGCCUCUACUUUAUUUAGAAAGCUAGAAGAUAUAUUAUUCACUCAUUUCAGUUCUUUUCCUCCCAAAACACUAUUGAAACUUCUCCAUUCAUGUUCACUUAUUGAAUGCCAUCCAGUCAACUUUAUGGCAAAAAUAUUCAGCCCUUACUUUCUUCAACAGCUGCAAGGUGAGGAAGCAUAUUUGGACAGACUGAGCAUAGCACAACUUACCCAGCUUUUGUUAACCUCGAUCCUAGAAUGUCCCUUCUAUAAGGGUCCAAAACGUCUUCCUAAAUAUCAAGUGAAAUCAUUUCUUACUCCUUGCUGUUCCCUGGAGACACCUGUGGAUUUUCAACUCUAUAAGUCUGUAAUGAUUGGACUAAUUGACCUUUUAGGAGCAAGAUUGUACUUUGCUUCAAAAGUAUUAACACCGUACUAUUACACAAUAGAUGUUGAAAUUAAAUUAGAUGAAGAAGGAUUUGUAUUACCAUUUACAUUUGAUGAAGACGUACAUAAAAGAGUAGCACUCUGUAUUGAUGGUCCAAAAAGAUUUUGUUUGAAUAGCAAACACUUACUGGGAAAGGAAGCUAUUAAACAAAGACACCUGCGUUUACUUGGCUAUCAGGUGGUUCAGAUACCCUAUUAUGAAAUUGAAACGCUAAAAUCAAGACUUGAAUUGGUGGAAUAUUUACAAAGGAAACUAUUUUCUCAAAAUGCUGGCAUUCAUUGGUAACAAGAAGGAAUAUAGUCUUCAGAACUUGUAUUGUGAAAGAACUUGUGUUUU